AGGCACCCACAUAUAACUGAUUGUAUUAUGGAUUAUUAUUAUUAUUAUUAUUAUUAUUACUAUUACGUGAUAAGCGGGUAACCAAAAUCACAAAGUAUAAAAAAUGGUCACAGAAAAUCAAUUUUACUGUUAGAUACAAUAGAUAGAUAUAUAUAUAGCUAUAUAAGUCUAAUUUGCAUUCACAGUGAUUGGUAAUAAUAGUCAACGUCGUUUUGUUAUUGUUAUUGUUGCUGUACACAUAGUUUGAUUGUGAUAUAUUUCAUUAUUCAUAUGCAACGACGAAUAUACGGACAUACUGGAAUAUCUAUAUAUGUGUAUAUAACAAUAUAAUCUAUUAUUCUUUUCUAUAUUAUUUCCAUUUGAAACUGAUUGUAAUCCUUGAUUACAUAAUUAAAUAGAUCAAUUGCUUAUGAAUAAGUAUGCUUCCAUUACUUGAAGAGAUCAGUUUAAAUUGUCAAUUACCAAGUGAAUUAUGUCUAUUUAAACAAUACGAUGAUAUUCAAUGGACAGUAGAUGAAAAAGCAGAAAUAAAUGAAACAAAUGAAAUAAUAAACAAUGAUUUCUUAUCUCAAACUGAAAACUCUAUACAACAUAAUGAUAUCAACAAUAAAACAACUGAUUAUAUCAAUGAAAUCUUUACAAAUAUACCAGAUGAUUUAACAUGGCAAUCUAAUUCACCAUGUUCAUCAGAAUCGAUUGAUUCCAUUUCAUUGAAUCAUAAUGAUUUAAAAAAUUCUAUAGAAGAUAAUUUAUUAUUCAAUCAAAAUGUAUUCCCAUCAAAUAAAUCCUUUGAAUGUAUGAAUAUAGAUAAUAAUAAUAAUAAUAAUAAUAUGUCAACAAUGAAUAUAUUAAAUCUAUCAAAUCAUUUUGAUAAUCUAUUAGAUCCAUCAUUGUAUUAUGCAAUGAAUUAUACAAUGACAAAUAAUUAUUAUUUCAAUGAAUAUAAUGAAUAUCAUAAAAAUAAUGAUGAAUUAUUUAAUAAUAUAAAAGAACAAACAAAAAUCAUUUCAAAUGAUCUUAAUGAAGAUGAAUCACAAUUGGAAAGUACAGAUAUAGCUUGGAUGGAUACAUUAGAUGUUUCUAGUUUACGUAUGGAUGAUGUUGUACAAAUUUUUUCAACAGUUAAUUCAUUAAAAUCUACAUCAGAAGAAAUCAAUAAAUGUGAUUAUUCAAUAUCAUCACCAUCAUCGCCAUCUCCAUCCUCAACACCAUCAUCGUCGUCAUCAUCACCAUCAUUAUCCUCAAAACCAUCAUCCUCAACAUCAUCAUCACCAUCAUCAUCCUCAACACCAUCAUCGUCAUCAUCAUCACCAUCAUUAUCCUCAAAACCAUCAUCCUCAACAUCAUCAUCAUCACCAUCAUCAUCCUCAACACCAUCAUCGUCGUCAUCAUCAUCGUCGUCAUCACCAUCAUCAUCAUCAUCAUCAUCAUUAUUUCAACAUAAUUACGAUUUGAAUAAUAAACGUUUACAAUUGAAUCAGAAUUCAAUGUUCAAUGAUAAUGAAUUCAUUUCUAAUGAAAAGGAAGACUCUGAACAUAAACUUUUAUAUAAUAAUGAAAAGAAUAAUGAUGAAUAUAAUUCAGAUAGUACAUUAACAUGUUCUGAAGCUGAAUAUUAUAAUAAUUUAAUACGUCAAAAACGUUUAAGAAAAUAUCGAACGAAUAAACGAAAAUUUAAGCAUAGAUCUUUAAUUUCAAAUGAUCAAGAUGGAUCCUAUUCAUCAUCAUCAUCUUCUUAUUCUUCUACUGAUGAUGAUGAUGAGGAGGAGGAGGAGGAAAAGGAGAAGGAGGAAGAAAAAGAGGAUGAAAAGAUAGUAAAUAAUCAAUGUAAAAAGUUUACUGAUCAUUCAAUUACUACUAACGUAUAUCAUCGAAAAAAGCCUCCAUCAUCAGAGCAUUAUAUACAAUCAUCAAAUGAAAUAAAUGAAUAUGAAUCAUGGUGGCCUAAUCCUAUCACACGACGUAUGCAUAAAGAUUUUCAUUCAACUCUUUGGUUAUCUAAUGAAUUAUUAGAUUGUAAUGAUAAAGAGAUACAACAACAAUCUAUCUCUUCAAUGAAUAAAAUCAAAUCAAGAAAAUAUCGUAAAUUUGCCUAUUCACAUUCAUAUAAUAAUCAUGAUCGAUGUAAAAAUAAACAAAUGGAAUUAUGGCAAUUUAUAUUAUAUAGUUUAGAAAUUAGUAAAGAUAGUGCAUUUCAAUGGGUUAAUAAAUCAACUGGAUUAUUUCGUAUUGUAAAUACACAAUUAGCAGCAAAAGAAUGGGGUUAUUAUCGUAAUAAUAAAUUAAUGGAUUAUGAAAAAAUGGCAAGAGCUAUAAGAUUUUAUUAUAAAGAUUCAAUAUUACGUAAAUCACGUCAACAAUUACAUUUUCAAUUUGCUAUGCCUUAUGUAAAAUGGGCAGAAAAAUUUUAUAAAAAUAAAAAAAUGUUUUUUUAAAAAAUUCCAUUUCAUUUUGAAAACAAAAUAGUGAAGAGAAACAAAACAACAAAAAAAGACACCACAGCAACAACAACAAAAACACCACAGCAACAACAACAAAAACAUCACAGCAACAAAAACAACAACAACAACUGUACAUUUUCAUUGUAUUCCUUUUGGUUUCAUUCAAUUGUUGUUUAUAUUAUCCAUUACAGUUUGUUUAUUUCUUGUGAA